UGGGUGUGGCUGACUGGUGAUUGACAGUUGGUCAAUUUUAAUCGAACCUUACGGCGGCUGAAGAGCUAUAGACAGCCAAUGAGCUGACGAGCGUGCACAUUUCUAAGACCCUGUAGCCAAUAGAAGGCAAAGAUGGGCGGUUUUAGAACCCUAUGAUGUAUCCAACGUGUGUUCAGAAGCAAGCGCUCUGAAAAAAAAAAAAAAAAAAAAAAAAAACACUGAUAGUGCUUACGGUCUGAAGCGGGGGAAUCAAUGUGGUAAAAAUCGUACUGCUGUGAAUUACUUGGCGAUAGAGUAUGGUUGAUAAGCAACUGUAGGAAAUUAGCGGCGUGUGGAUUGGGAAUCGUGGAAGCGAGAUACUGAGUUGACGUGCGGGCUGGAAAGGUGCUUGUUGUGAAAGACGUGGAGCAACAACAACUGAGAAAUAAUCUUGAUCAUCAAAUAGACCGUCCUGCCACAUCUCACUUAUCAGUAGUAGGCUGUUGCAGUAUUGGAACUUAUUACAGUUCCGUAAAAACUGUGUUGGUAAAAACAUGAUACAUAAGUAGCCUGCUUCUGAAAAGUUUUUUCAGAUAUAAUUGUUUCCAGAAAAGUGGCAUGCUGGAUCGUAUCUUUGCAUAUCUGCAAGAAAUCUACCACUCCAUCAGCAUGCUGAAUAUUUUACAUAUUUUCUCCGGAAGAUGUAACAUGCUUGGAUGUAGCGAUUUUGCAUAGCUGGCGUGCAAAAUAGAGUCGGUAUUUUUUGGAGAAUUUGCACGUUUGGAAAAGAAAACAAUUGGAUGUUUCUUUUUUAUACGUUUUAAACGAAACAUCGUUGAGAGAAACCGUGUGCCUGUCUGACACAUCCCGUCUCUUGCAUCCUUUUAAGGGCAACCGCUUUCGACUUGCACUGAGUUUUGGCCGGUAGACAAGUUUUUUGUAUUUCUUUGUAAAUCGCAAGUCACUUUUUAAUUUUGCAGUAGAGUGCAGUUCGGGUAUCCCAAAUCCCCUCUGGAAGUAGCUAACUAGUUUCACAAGGAGAAUCGGGACAUGCAAGCGGGUUUAACUGUCAUUAAUGGGCUAGUUAAUACCGAGCCAGCAAAUGCGAAUGCAGUUUGUCUAUAAUAACCACUAAUAGUGUUUUUUUUUUUUUUUGUUAAAGCUGUACCAAUCUGUGGUUCAUCUGAGCUGCCGUAGACUAUUAUUAAACUGGAUACAAAAUGGCGGCCUCGUUGGGACACAUUGGAUUGCUGCCUUAUUAUUUUGCGUAUUUAAUAUGUAUUGUAGAACUGCUUAUCUCCUCCGGGUUCAGCAUCGAAUUGCAGUGUCCUUUGAAUUGUACAUGCACUGGAAACCUGGUAGACUGCAGCAAUUUGGGGCUGACGGAUAUUCCAUUGGAUCUCCCACGCUGGACAUCCUAUCUAAACCUGAGCUUCAACAAGCUGACAGCGAUCGAUCAGGCUGCCCUCUCUGAGCUGCCGAACCUGCGGGAGUUGCGGCUUGGUCACAAUGAGCUGACAGCCAUUCCUUCAGUAGGUGCCAGUUCUUCGAACAUUGUCUCUCUUCAUCUGCAUCACAAUAGGAUUCGCAGUAUAGAGUCAAGCCAGCUAAAGCCUUUUGUCUCCUUGGAAACCUUGGAUCUAACUUCCAAUGAGAUUACUGAAAUACGAAGCACCUGUUUUCCAUCGGGACUGCAACUCAAAGACAUAUGUCUGGGCAGUAACAAAAUAGGUCUCCUGGAGCCCGGUGCUUUCGAUAGCCUGUCACGUUCCCUGCAAGUACUUCGUUUGAGCAGAAACAGGAUUGCCCAACUUCCUGUCAAAGCAUUCAAGUUACCCUGGCUAACACAAUUAGAUUUGAACCGGAACAGAAUCCGCUUGAUUGAGGGCCUGACUUUCCAAGGACUGGACCGUUUGGAAGUGUUGAGGCUACAGAGGAACAACAUAAACAAGCUGACCGACGGGGCCUUCUGGGGGCUGGCUAAAAUGCAAGUGCUCCAUCUCGACUACAACAGCCUGACUGAAGUGAACAGUGGCUCGCUGUAUGGGCUGUCCUCUCUUCAUCAGCUGUACCUAGGCAACAACUCCAUAUCGCGCAUCAAUGGCUGGAGGUUCUGCCAAAAACUGCAUGAGCUGGUUCUGUCCUACAACAACCUGACGCGGCUGAACGAGGGCAGCCUGGCUGGGCUGGGGGGGCUGCACAUCCUCCGACUGAGUCACAACUCUAUCAGCCACCUCUCCGAGGGAGCGUUCCAGGGACUCAAGGCCCUGCGCUCACUGGAGCUGGACCAUAACGAGAUCUCUGGCACAAUAGAAGACACCAAUGGGGUCUUCUCAAGUCUGGCCAGCCUGAACAAGCUAACUCUGUUUGGAAACAAGAUCAAGUCAGUGGCCAAGAAAGCGUUCUCAGGCUUAGAGGCCCUCGAGCACCUGAAUUUGGGGAACAAUGCAAUCCGCUCCAUCCAGCCUGAUGCCUUUGCAAAAAUGAAGAGCUUAAAGGAACUACUCCUCAACAGUGACAGUUUCCUUUGUGAUUGCCAGCUGAAGUGGUUACCCCAGUGGCUCAGCGGGAAGAAAUUUAAGUCCAGUGUCGUGGCCUCGUGUUCCCACCCAGAGUCCUUACAAAGCAGAAGCAUUUUCAAUGUCCCUGCAGACAGCUUUGUGUGUGAUGAUGUCCCGAAGCCACAGAUCACGCUCCAGCCUGAGACCACAAUGGGAGUGCUGGGGAAAGACAUCCGUUUUACCUGCACGGCGGCCAGCAGCAGCACCUCGCCAAUGAGCUUUGCUUGGCGCAAAGACCAGGAUCUCCUGCGCGACGCGGACAUGGAGAACUUUGCUCAUGUGCGGGCCAAGGAUGGCGAGGUGAUGGAGUACACCACCAUCCUGCACCUGCGUCACGUAACCUUCGCACACGAGGGCCGCUACCAGUGUAUCAUCACCAACCACUUUGGAUCCACCUACUCGAACAAGGCGCGUCUCACUGUCAAUGUCCUUCCCUCCUUUAUCAAGAUGCCACAAGAUAUCACAAUCCGCACUGGCACAACGGCCCGGCUGGAAUGUGCUGCAGAGGGGCACCCCUCUCCCACCAUUGCCUGGCAGAAAGACGGGGGCACAGACUUCCCAGCCGCGCGGGAGCGGCGUAUGCAUGUGAUGCCCGAUGACGACGUCUUCUUUAUCAUGAACGUGAAGAUUGAGGAUAUGGGCGUCUACAGCUGUACAGCGCAGAACAUAGCUGGUACCCUCUCCGCCAAUGCCACUCUGUCCGUGCUGGAGACACCUUACUUGGUUCAGGCGCUGGAAGAUCACACUGUGGCAGUGGGGGAGACGGUAGCAAUGCAGUGCAAAGCGAUGGGCAGCCCCCUCCCCCGGAUCAGCUGGCUGAAAGGGGACGAGCCUCUGCAACUGACAGAUCGCCACCACUUUACUCCUGGCAACCAGCUGCUCAUAAUCCGCAAUGCGGAGCAGGAAGACUCUGGCAAGUACACCUGCGUGAUGUCCAACACCCUGGGGACCGAGCGAGCUCACAGCCAGCUCAUUGUUCAGCGGGCAAGCGGCUGUGUGGUCAGCAGGAGGGAUGGCACCGUGACUGUGGGCAUCAUCAUCAUCGCUGUAGUCUGCAGCAUCGUCAUCACCUCGCUGGUCUGGGUCUGCAUUAUCUACCAGACAAGGAAGAAGAGUGAAGAAUACAGCGUCACGAAUACAGAUGAAACCAUUGUCCCUCCAGAUGUCCCAAGUUACCUGUCUUCUCAAGGAACUCUGUCCGAUCGACAGGAAGUGUGCAUCAGUGUGGAAGCCAGCCAAGGUCCUCAACCCAAUGGACACAUUGAGAGCAAUGGUAUUUGCCAGAGUGAUGCAGGAGGAUGUGAACACAUGGAAACCCAAAUGGCCUGUAGAAGAAAAGACGACGACACAGCAAGGCCAGAAAACACAGCUGGGUACAGAGUUCAAGUGAUCUGCAGCGAUUGUUUGAAUAAUACCAACACUUACUCCAAAAAUCAAGAAUGUUACUCUCAGAACUUCAGAGCAGAGGAUCACUCACAUCAACAAGCACUUAGCAGCACAGGAUCAUGCAGGGCUGACCUGGAAGAUUCAGGCCCUGAGAAUCACCAGCACUACAAUGGGACAGUCAGUAGUUUGGAAAGAGAAGGCCCUAUGUAUCCUAGCAACCAUGACAGGAUGAUGGCACAAACACAGAAAGGACUGAAACAUUUUGACAUGAAUGGUUCCCAUUCACAACCUAUAGAAAUUUCAGGACCACUCAGUACUGCCUGCCCUCCAUCUUUAGAAGGUUCGUUCCACGAACCAAUUAAAUUAACCAGUCUUCCUCAGACCUCAUUGGACAAUAAAUGUGAGGCCAGACAGGCACUGCCUCCUAGUGGACACCUACCCGUGCUAUGUGACUCCAUUAUUAGCGAGAGUACUCCAUUGAGGAGAGCCAGUGAUUGAAAGGAUGGCCAUAAAAACUGUUUUUCCUCUUUGCACUGAAAACUCUUAUUUAUUGUUUUUGAGACACUACCUCAACUUUGAAACCAGAAGCUCUCCAAGGAAUCAGAAGUUUGAGGACACUGGGGGGGUGGGUAGGAAGGAAUCCUGUUUGAGUGUUUUUGCGUUGUACAUAAUUGUAAUCUUCCCGGAGUUCUCAUUUGUAGUUCAACAGAUAACGUGCAUUUGAUGCAUGCAGAUGUAGGGCAUAUUGUACAGAGAAAGAGUUUUAUUGAAUAUGGCUUGUACAUAAGAGUUUUCAUAUAUCUUUUACAAAGGAUAUUUUAAUCUUUAUUCAGUGCAUGAAUAACUGAGUGGAUUCUUUUAAACUAGGCUUUUUUCCAAUUUCUAAACUGAAAAAAGUACUGUCUGGUGCCUUACUGCAUGAACACUAAGUACACUCAUAGGAAUCCACUUCUCACAACAUUUGAUCAAUUACAAACAUAUAUUUUAAAAGGAUAUUGGAAAGAUCACCAGCACACACUUCAAUUUUUAAUUGCACUUCUAGAUUUAGUUUUAUAAAGAAUUAUAAUGCUGGUGAUUUAUGGCCUUAAACACACUUCUCAUUAACUGAAUUGUACAGUGGAAGAGCUUUGGUUCGACUUUUCAUUGGUGUGGAAAUGAAUGUAAACCCUAUACAUUUGUGUGGCUACAAAGAGGAUCAUCCUAUUUUCAAUCACUUUGUCUGGGGACACACACAUCCAUUCUUGUACCUGCUGAACCUUAUUUUGGAUUUUAAAAGUUGGUGAAAAACAGGUUGCAAAAUGUUUGGCCUACACAAUGUAAUAACAUUUACAAAGGUAAUUAUUACCUUCAAAUAAAUGUACUGUUUGCAGGGACUCUUUCUCGUCAUCGCACCCUACUGGCCAGACACCAAAUACAUUCAGUGAGAUCGGAGGACGCUCACAUGCUGUCAAUUGUUAUUACAAAAUAAUAAUAAUUGGUCACUCUAAAUUAAAAAAAAAAAAAAGCGCACCACCAACUUUUGUUAAAUGCUGUACUAUAUAAAGCUAUAUGAAACUAAAAGCCUCUUAGACCAUUUCAUUCACAAAUCUCAGAUAUGUUCUUUGCAUUAAUUCGUAAUUAACGUCCACAUUUUCCUUUAAAUGCCCAAAUCACUUUUAGAUCAAUAUUCAAUUAAUACAUUUUAAUAUGGUCUAGUGUAAGGGUUUUUAAUAAAAGGUUCUUUCUGGUUUUCACAGAGUGCUUAUCUCAAAGCCCAAAGACUUUGAGACUAUUAUCUCUCUAGUCAUUUGCUCCACAUUUUAAAGUACAUGUCUCUGAUUCCUAUUGACCCUAUAGGGGAUCUUCACUCAUGUCACCACAUAUUUAGUAUAUUAUAUAGAAAUGAAGUACGGCAGAAAUGUCUUUAAUGCUCAGGAUGCAGUUCCUUUUCAUGUAUCCUGUAGUUAUGUUUGAAAAUAGAAUAAAUUUGAGCUGUUAACCUCAACACUAUCUGGUAUCCAAGCUCUUCCAUAUAAAAUCAUUUUACAUGUUUAAAAGCUGCUGCAGCUGGUGUUGGUUAACUGUGGACAUAAUCAGUUUGUGUAUAUUUAAAAAAAAAAAAAAAGUUUUAAUAUUACAUGUUUUGUUAAACUGUAGUGGUAGUAACAAAUAUGGACCACUUGGACAAAGGAGAAUCUUAUUUGGGUUUAUAAAUAACAUGAGACAGCAACACAUUAUUUUCCAAGCUACUUGUCUAGAUCAUUCUAGUCUGUUUUUGAUUCUCGACAGAAUUGCACUUUUUGACAGGUAGCGUAUAUGAGUGCCAAUGUACUGUUGAUGCUGUGGGCAAGUGAAACGAUGUGUAAUAUUAAGGAAAAUACCUGCAGAAUAAAACGUGCAGCUGUGAUUCAAAGAACCAAACCAGCAAUUAUAUUUAUCAAAUUGUUUGCAAAUUGGAAGCAAGAUGUUAGACCUGGACAACGAUGUAAAAGAAUCUGUGUUCAUGCUGUUGGCAGGAAUUUAUUUCCCCCUCUCUAACCAAUUGUUAUUGAAAACACAACAUAGCCUCAAACGUAAUGGUGAAAAGCUCAACGUUGCAUUAUUUUUAAGAGAUUUAUUUUUUUUACUGCCACAGCUAGUAUGCUUGUACUGCUUCCGAGAGACAAAGAGAGAGUUAAAAAGAAAAUGUCGCUUUUCUGUACAAAACUGUUUACUUAUAUAAACUUUGGUAAAAAGGUUGUACACUGAGUAGAACAAGUGUCUAACAAAUGACACUGAAGUGUCUUUAUUAAAAACCCAAUUAUAAUAUGA